AGCUCCCCGGCAAUGACGUCACGCCCUCCUCUGAAGCGGUAGCCUUGUUUAACUUUGUGUUUUUUCUUGACGCAGCUUUUCUUCGUUGUUUCGCGUCUCAAACUGCGCAGAGUUUGUCCGGAAGAGCCGGACUGGAAACCUGCUGUUGAUGAGUGUGAGGAGAGGGAACCAUGCUCCGCUGCAGGAGGUGUCGCAAAGGCGUGAUCGACUCAACGUGUUUGUCCAAGGAGGAGGCGUCAGAUGAGAGCUCGGGUGCUAUUUGCAGUAUCUGGCACGUGGACGUGGAGGCGCUGCCGGACUGGAUCCUGACCUCAGUUCACCAGGCCCAGUGGACUGUGGGGAAACUGAACUGCCACCACUGCGCCGCUCGUCUGGGUGGCUUCAACUUCAUCAACCACACGAAGUGUCCCUGUGGCCAGGACGCCACCGUCCACCUCAACAAGAGCCGCGUGGAUCGUGACCACAAGCACCACGUCCUCAUCGUCCAGCCGAGGAGGACGAGGCCUGAGAAGGGACGCGGUGCUCCGCAGACAGACAGCGAGGAGACGUCUAACGGGACAGACGGGUUACAGCCCCCUGCCGAGGCGUCGAGUCCCCCGAGUGAAAACCAGUCGUUUCCUUUCAGUCCCUUGUACUGCAUCUCUCACAGGAGAAGGUGCCGUUUGGAGGAUGGCGCCACCUUCAGGUCGUCUUGUUUUUGCCCUGCGAGCCUCAUGGACAGGUCGGCUGCUGGUUUGACGUGGGCGGGGCCAGAUGAGGAGUCGACCUGGUCACCUGUCUCGGGCGACGCCGAAGCCUUCAGUUCAACUGGAGGGAGGCGGUUGCUCCUGGAUCAACCUCUGCUGCCGGCUGUGGACACGGUGGAGACGUCUGUGCCGACCACGUCCGUCCACGAAGACGCUUCUGACUCCGCCCUCAUCCUCAGAGGAAGAACCGUCUCCGGCAGUGUGGCUCAGCAGCGGGACGAGGACACGGAGCCUCGAGCCUCCUCCGCCUCCCCAGCCUCGAUCGGCCGGAGAAGAAGAGAGAGGAACCGACUGAAGGGUCUGCGACGGAAACAGAGGAGGAGAGAGCGCUGGCUGCACCGUCGGCAGGAGAAGGCCGAGAGCUUGAGCAGGUCCCUGGUGGACAGCGAGGAGGAAGACCGAGAGGGACUGACCUGCGCCGUGUGUCUCGACGUCUUCUUCAGCCCGUACAGCUGCCAGCCCUGCGCCCACGUCUUCUGUGAGCCGUGUCUUCGCACACUUGCCAAGAACCGUCACAUGAACACGCCCUGCCCGCUCUGCCGCACCCUCAUCUCUCACACCGACCUACACGAAGAGCUCAACCAGACGGUGAAGACCUGCUUCCCUAAAGUUUACCACGGCCGCCAGCUGAACUUCAAGAAGGCCCAGUGCGCAAAGUGGCCUCUGCCCAGCGGUCGCAAGUGCUUCCGAACCUUCUGGGGGUAUCAGAGACACGCAGCCGCGGCGAGGGGACGCUGGCACUUCGCCCACGGCGGCUUCUCGCUGGACGCUCUGAACUUCACCGACAUGCGGCUCUUCGACGUCGGCCUCUUCCUCGACUACAUCCACUCCGUCAACUGGAUCCUGGCUUGCCUGCUCCUCUGCUUCCUCGUGUACUUUUUCUUCUUUUGAGGAGCCGAGGACGAUUGAGACUUUUGCAGUGCAGGUUUAUCAGUCGUCAUUUUUCUGACUUUGAGAAAGUCACAUCGAGUUUAUGUUGAAGGAAACGAUAAAACCAGAUGUAAAAGAAAAUGGAAGCGUUCAUCGUCUUACUAAAAGUAAACGACAAAGACAAUCAAGUGAAUCAUUUGAAUAGGCAACUGUGAAUUAUUUUAAUUUAAACAUAAAGGGUUGGAUUCAGUAUUUUAAUCUCCAGGAGAUUAAAACAAUCUUUUUCUGAGUUCUGUUUGCUGGACUGUUCGAUAGAACUGUGAAAAACACUGAGCCACAUAAAUAUUACAAAUUAUUUAUGAAUAAUAAAAGUGUCUAAAAAAGA